AUGUCAAAAUCUAGGAUUACAUAUUACUACCAAAAAUUAAUCACUUAAAGGCAACUAUUGAUAUUAAGAAUUAAAUAUUUAAAUUAGUUCAAUAUUUUAUCAGUUUUAAUUAACGCUACAAAAUUAUACAUGUCAUUAGCAAUUAGUAGUUCAUAUUUAAAAGUGCAAACACAAAAAGUUUUAUCAUAACUAUUUGCAUUUAUAUUAUUUUCGAUUGGGUGCAAAUAAGGCAUCUUUAUGUCAAAUGUUUAUAUUGAUAUUAGUGGAUACGUAAAAUGGAGAUCCACAUCCAUAAAAAAUUAGUAAUAAUCCUGA